CCAAAAGUUUCCAACCAAAGUUUCCAAAAGUUUCGAACCAAAAAGUUUCCAACCAAAGUUUCCAAAAGUUUCGAACCAAAAAGUUUCCAACCCAACCAAAUGCCAAUUCAAGUUGUUAUUACAAGUUGACUGGACUCAUCGUUCAUGUUGGUUCCUCAGCUAAAGAAGGCCACUUCUACAGUUUUGUUCUUCGUAAGUAAACUAAGGCACGUUUCAAUUCCGGCAAUUUGUCGAUUUGCCGGAAAUUUCAAUUCCGGCAAUUUGUCGAUUUGCCGGAAAUUUCAAUUCCGGCAAUUUGCCGAUUUGCCGGAAAUUUCAAUUCCCAGAUUUUGCCGAUUUGCCGGAAAUUUCAAUUCCCAGAUUUUGCCGAUUUGCCGGAAUUUUCUAUUCCGAGAUUUUGCCGAUUUGCCGGAAAUUUCAAUUCCGGAAAUUUGCCGAUUUGCCGCAAAUUUCAAUUCCGGCAAUUUGCCGAUUUGCUGGAAAUUUCAAUUCCGGCAAUUUGCCGAUUUGUUGGAAAUUUCAAUUCCGGCAAUUUGCCGAUUUGCCGGAAAAAAUCGUUUGCCGCCCACCUCUAAUUUUCAUAAUAUUUUAGAAAACGUUUCAUCUAAUAUUGCCAAAAAUUGAUAGUUUUCAACUGAAACUCAUUCUAAAUUAAAUAACGCUUUACACAAAAAUUUUCAGAAAAUGAAAGCAGUCGGUGGUCAAAAUUUGAUGAUGAUAGGGUAUCCAAUGUUCGAUGGGAGGAUGUUGCGGCUCAAUCAUUUGGAACAGGAUCCAGUAAGACGGCUUCAGCGUGCUUAUUGGUUUACGCCAAAAUGGACGGAGACUAUGACGAUAUGUCUGAUGACAUGAUGGUAAUUCGACGUAAUCCGCAAUCUACACCUGCUGUAUCGAUUAUGGAAGAACCUGUCAUUGAUGAUUUUGCUUUGGAUCCCAAUUUCGGCAUCGGAUGCCCUCCCAAGUGUGAUGUAGUGGGAAACGAAAAUGAUACCAUCUCCACGCACUCCUUGCCACGCUUCCAACGGUUCCGACGUCGGCGAUUUUUAGGAGGAUUCUUCAAGAAACGGAAACUGAUCCGUAAAACGGAGGCCAAAACUAUCGUGCCUUGGAGUGAUGCAAAAGUGCAAAAGUGAAAUCAAGAAGUUCUUAGGGUAUGGAGCCAGUGGAACAGCCUAUUUGGUGGUGUGGGAAGACAAGGAGGUUGUUAUGAAGGUGACAGGUAUUCACCCACAGUCGAUUUCGGUACUCCACGACGAACUUUUGAUCACGCAGAAGAUUGGCAAAUUGUCAAAAAGUUGCCAUAAUUUUCUGCCAUAUCACGGAUCAAUCGUCAUAAGCGACCUUCCAGCUAAAAUGAUGCGGAAUUCCGAAUGUGUCAACCAUCUUGCGAUUUUUAUGGGUUAUGGUGGAACAGUUUUGGCCGAUUGGAGAACCAGCGACUACAGACGGUGUAUCACAAUUAUGGCUCAAUUGGUUCUGGCUAUGAGGAUUGCCAACGACAAGAUGAAAUUUGUUCAUGGUGACAUCUAUAUGAUGAAUAUUUUAAUUGCUCCAACAACCAAACGAUGGAUCGAAUACAACAUUGAUGGCAAAACAAUUACGAUUCAAACAUUUGGCAUUAUCCCGCAAUUGAUUGACUUUUCGAAAAGUUGGUGUGGAGCCGAUCCGGAGCGUCACGACAUCAGUCGUUUGCACACAGUCGCGAAACGCGUCGGGCAUAGUUUGAACGGAAGUAAAAGGGAUAAAAAGAAAGUCCGGCAAGCUGUUAAAAUGGUGGGAGCGGCCAAAAAUUGGAAAAAUCUAUGUCUUGAUCGCCAAUUAUUCAAGCAAGUCAUUGUACACGAACAUUGAUCUUUUGAUACUCAACUUCUCUUUCGGACUUCAGGACUUUAAAUGAACUUAUUAUGAACUUUGUUCUCCUUUUUAUUUAUUAUGUUUCUUUCAAAUGAAUAAAGCUGUGCAAUAUGAG